ACCAUAUUAGCCCUCCUGCGGGAUUGUUGGCCGUUGCAGAGAGUUUUCGGUUGACAUUACCCACCCACGACACUGAGCACCUUAAACACAAAAACACAGAAAAAUUCCCCGCCGGCAAUGGAUCCGCCGGAGCCACCGGAGUGCCCGGUCUGCCUCCAACCCUACGACGCCCCCACAACCACCCCUCGCGUCCUCUCCUGCGGCCACUCCGCCUGCGAGACCUGCCUCACGCACCUCCCCCGCCCCUUCCCCCACACCAUCCGCUGCCCCGCUUGCACCCAACUCGUCAAAUUCUCCAACCUCACCUCUCUCCCCAAGAACAUCGACCUCCUCCGCCUCUCCUCCUCCCUCCUCCAAUACCCACUUCCCCAAAACCCCCCAAACCCUCAAAACCAAACAGAAAAAAAUGUCAAUUUCGUGCCCAGUUUGUGGUCUCAUGAGUUUUAUGUAAUAUGGAAGGACUGGAUUAUACCGGAGGGCGACGUGGCAAUUGGGUUUAGGUCCGAUGAGGGUUUGUGUUGGGUAUCGCGUAUAAGGUGCUCGAUGAAAGGGGAUGAAGAGGUGAGCCUUGUUAGAGUUGGUGGUGGUUGUUUUGUGAGUGAUCCUAAGUUGAAGUAUAGUUAUUGUUGGGAAAUUUUGCGGGUUUUGUACGGGAUGAAGGAUGGGGAAAGGGAUGAGUUGGGUAUGAUAUUGAAGGCAUCUAGAUCGAAGCAUUGUCGAACUUGUAAGGUGUAUGGACUGUGGUAUAAUCGGGAUGAUCAGGGUGUGUACAUGGUGUGUGAGAGGUAUGCUGGGAGUUUUGUGGAGAGGUUUGGUGAUUGGAAGAAUGGGUUUGUUGGGGAACAUGGAAGUAGAGGUUUGUUAGAGAGCAAGAGUUUUGCAAUGAUUGCUAUGGAGAUGUGUGAAACAUUGAGUUCUCUUCAUGCAGAAGGAUUAUUUAGUGGGUGUUUGGCUAUAAUGUGCUUUAGUUUUGAUCAUUUCGGCCACAUUCAUAUUGACUUGAAUGAAGCCGUGGUGAUGAGUAGGAGAAUCCGUAUGUUGAUUUCAGAGGCUAUUCUUGGUGUCCGAAAAGGGGAAGAGUUCAAAUUAAGUUUCAGAAAUGACACCUUAGAAACCCUUGCAUUUGUUAGUCCAGAGCUGUUAUUUGAGUUACAACAGAAGAAUGCCACUGACUUAGAAUGUGGGUCAAAAUUUGAGGUUGGCUAUGUCUCAGAUGUUUGGUCCUUGGCUUGUGUACUGCUUUGGCUUCUUAUGGGAAAACCAUUUACUGAACUAAUGUGCAACUAUUUACAGUGUUUUGUACCAAUGCCAAUUGAUGGAAAGGAUUUUGAUUACUCAGGGAUAUAUACGAGUUGGAUGGAGGAAGUUAAGGCUUCAUUAGAAACUAAAUUGGUUUUAGAGUUUGCGGCAUUGCAGGAGAUGCUAUGCAGAUGUUUGAGUAUUGAUCCAGGAAGCAGACCAUCUGUGAUUGACGUGUGGAAAUGCAUUAGGGAGUUGGUUAUUGAACCAAAGAAGGAUAUCAUGGUAAGUUCAGUUCAGGUCGUUAACAAGAACAAAGGGCAUUGCUUGUUUCUUGGAGAACUGUGUCAGUUACAAAAGGAAAGUGGUAAAAUGCCGGAAAGACGGAUAGCAAAUGGCUUGCACGACAAAAAUGACGAUGGUAGUGCAAAUCUUGAUCAGUUUGCGAAAGUGAGAGUAGAGAGAGAUAUUGUUGAAGGCCUCUCCGGGGGUCAUGUCAAAAGUAUUGAUUUGAAGGGCCAUCUUGAUUGUAUUACAGGAUUAACCGUCGGAGGGGUUUUCCUUUUCAGCUCCUCCUUUGAUAAAACAGUCCGUGUAUGGUCUCUGCAGGAUUUUACUCAUGUUCAUACGUUUGUGGGUCACGAGCACAAAGUUAUGGCUAUAGUUUUUGUAGAUGAUGAACUACCAUUGUGCAUAAGUGGUGACAGUGGAGGUGGCAUUUACAUCUGGUGUGUUUGUAAUCCAUUUGGUCAAGAACCAAUAAAGAAGUUGUUUGAGGAAAAAGAUUGGCGCUAUAGUGGUAUUCAUGCCCUUGCCAUUUCUGGAACUGGAUACCUCUACACUGGCAGUGGAGAUAAGUCAAUAAAGGCAUGGUCCUUGCAGGAUUACACAUUGUCAGGUACUAUGAAUGGUCAUAAAUCAGUUGUCUCUACCUUAGCAGUUUGUAAUGGGGUUCUUUAUAGUGGAAGCUGGGAUGGAACCGUCCGGUUAUGGUCUCUAAGUGAUCACAGUCCUUUGACAGUAUUGGGGGAAGAUGCACCUGGAAAGUCGGCUUCUGUUUUGUCCCUUGCUGCUUAUCAGGAUGCUCUGGUUGUGGCUUAUGAGAAUGGCUGUAUGAAGAUUUGGAGGAACGAUGUGCUUAUAAAAUGCAAACAAGCUCACAAAGGUGCCAUUUUCGCUGUUGGCAUGGAGGGGAAGUGGCUUUUCACAGGGGGCUGGGACAAGGUGGUUAACGUGCAGGAACUAAUUGGGGAUGAGUUUCAAAUAGAUGCAAUGGAUCUUGGUUCCAUUUCUUGUGACUCUGUCAUAACGGCUCUCUUAUACUGGCAAGGAAAGCUUUUCGUCGGACGAGCUGAUAGGGUAACCAAGGUAUACUAUUGCGGAUUAUAAUGGUGGUUGUAUACAAUUCUGAAGAAUUGCGCGGAUGAAAACAUUAUGAAGAUGCAUACUAGUGGUCACUUGUACAAGUGCCAGAAGCUAGAUGUGAUGAGCAGGGUAUGUCAACCCCAAUAUUGUUUCUUAAAUUAGGAACGUUUUACUUUGCCGCAGUUGUUUCUGACGGCAUAUGGGGUACUAUUCAAGAGAAUAAACAUAGGAAAGGAAUACGAGAUUUUUGUACAUAUAGCUUGUAAAGAAACUGUCUUGUACACUACGCAGUUUGUUGCUGUGUGACCCGCUAUAGGUACUUUGUGUUAGAAACUUUCGUUUGCAAUUGUACCUAUGUACAUAUAUAUUAUGCUUUUUGUCCCCUCA